GUAAAAGAUCGUGGCUUUUCUAGUCCUUGCCUUUCGAUUUUUGGAAUUGACUUUUGUGUGCCGUUUUUGCGAAUGUUUGAAACUAUUGUUUUUUUAUUGGUCAAAUAGUUAUCUUUAAUCGUAAUUAAUUAAUUAGUGUAUUCAAGGUGAAGUUAGUAAAGUGAAUCGUUUUGAAGGGGGGAACGGACUGAUUUCUUUUUUGAGAACUUUCGUCCAAUUAAUUGAACAGUUUUAUUUAUAUAUUUAGUAAUAAUUAACAAUUUAAAAUAUUAAUUUUAACUUAAGGAAAAGACAAAAAAAGUUUUGUAUUAGUAAAGUGUAGUAGUAAUUAAAAUUGCAUCGGUUAUCUGGUGGAAAAGUGAAGAGAAGAGUAAAAGUGGCCGUUAAUUAUUAUUUCGAGGAAGUGGAACUCGUCAAACUUGUGGUUAUCAGUUGCUCCUCUCGUCCCGUCGAACAAUGUCGUCAUCAUUUUUGAAAACUUCGUCGCCCUACUCGUCAUCCUACGGGCAUUACGGUGCAGGGACCGUGAAUCCGUACGCGAGUUACUUUGGACCUGCACAAUCCUCGUCGCCGAGUCAUCCUUCUUCCGCCACGUCGCCAGUUUCAUCGCCAUUUGGUGGGAGCUCCCUUGCCGCCGGGCCGGGAGGCGGAUUCAGCAUGAUGAAUCAGGCAACGUCACCGAUUUCUUCGCCGUAUGGUUAUUCUGCCUUUAACAGUCCUGGUCGUCCUGGUGGGAUAAGUGGGGGAAGUCCGUCUUAUCUUGUGCCACAACCCACUCAGACUAAGAUUAUCGGCGGCGUGAAUACUUCCGGUUUCGUGGGGGGAAGUUCUCAUCUUGGAAGGACUACUACCGGUACAAGUCCGACGGCGCCGAGCAUGUAUGGAAGCGCGUUUUCCAGCCCAUUAACUGGCCAUGACUCUGGUCAUCAUCAUGAACCGAUGCAUUAUUCGCCAUCGGGAUCAAGUCCGCCACAUGGUCCAAAUUCGGUCUAUUUGCCGUGCUACUUUUUGGGGUUGGAUCAACAUCAACCGCACCACCACUACGGUGGUUCGCCACCCUCUCCGGGGGGAGGUGGGGGCAAUUUUAAUGUGUCAGGGUCGCGAGCUAUGGGAUCUGGGUCGUUUAUGAGCCCCCCUAAAAACCUGAUAAGGCGAACGGUACUUUUCGAACCCAAGUCAUUUCCUGAGAAUCAAGGCGUGGAAGAAGUCAGGCCACCAGUGGUGAAGCCGAAGGGGCCGCCGAUUCAUGGUUUUGGAUCUUCGGAAAGCGCGUCAGCAAAAGACUUCUUGGAAGCCGUCAUGAUCUCAGACUCUUCAGCUGCCAAUCCAAAAGACGACGAAGCAACCGGGUCCUCCCCAAUGUUUCCUAAUAUGAAGCGCCCCCAACAACUCGCUCAAACCAGCUCGACCUCCUCAUCACCAAAGUGUUGGGUUACCGUAUUUGGAUUUCCGGGAGGAGCCAGCUCAUUCAUCGUGACCAAUUUCUCCACCUUAGGAAAAAUAGUAGAAGUUAAAUGUACCCCGGGCUCAAAUUGGCUUCAUAUACGAUUCAGCAGUCCGAUAGAGGCUCGGCGAGCGUUGUCUAAAAAUGGAAAAGUACUAGGACAAUCAAUCAUGGUUGGAGUGAUACCAAGUGACUCUAAAGUUAUUGAAGAUGCAGAAAAUGCCAAUAUUUCGGGUGAUACAGUUAGUGCUGCUGGAGGAACCACUACAACUCCUUCCAAAUCUCCGUCAAGUACCAUUCCCAUCUUGAGAGAAAGAAACAACGUGGGAAGUUCGACAAGUGGGGAUUGCUUAAAGUCUCGAAUUCGGCCAUUGGCAACGGGAUCUCUUCCCCAAAGUUCUGGUUCUGUAACGUCACCACCAAAAAGCAUCCCAGAUUAUUCUUCAAUUGUUCGGGAAUCGUUUCAAGUUACUAGAAAUUCGGAUGGUCGACCAGUUCCGGUCGCGUCGACGGGAAUUUUAACUAAAGCUAUGGAGUACAUGUUUGGUUGGUAGUUUAUAAGCCAGAGUGCAGCCUUAUUUAGCCCGAGUCAGGUUGUUAUUAAUAAUUGAGGUGGGUAUAAUACGACCACGACAACUUUUUCAUUUUUCUACACAUUUUGCUCAUCUUCCAACUCGUAAUUUUGCAUGUUCUACGUGUGUGCAAAAUUUCAAGUCGAUUGGAUAAGUUGCACGAGCUUAAUUGAUAAAUAGUCAGACAGACAACCAUGACGGGUACGUAAGCCCUGACUCGGGCUAAAAAAAGAUGGACUUAGAAAAAUGCGUGCCACGCUAAAAUUGUUCUGUAUGUUUUGUUUUUAUAUUAUGUUUGCCUUUCUAUUUAUAAGAAUUAAUUUCUUCAUCAUGAUCCGUUUCCGUUUACGUGUUGGCUGAUGUAUAAAUAUACAUAUUUAAUUUAGCGUAUUAAACUAGGUCGAAUAAUUUGUUGACGUAAUUUCAUGUUAAACUUUAUGUUUUUGCAAGUUCUUAAAUUUUUUAGAUCCUUCCUGGCUGUCUGUCUUCCUGCCGUCUUGUUCUUAUUAUUAUUAUUAAGAUAGAUUUAGUACUAUACGUUUACUAUUAGGAAUUACACAUGUCUAUUUUAAACAGGGAUUUGCUAUGUUAUGUUAAAUCAUGGAUGAGUAUAAGUGUUCCUGAAAUAAGAGGAUUUUGUUACAUAGAUAAGAAUACACAAAAGUGAAACAAUUACAAAAAAUAUAAGCAAUUAUUCAUGUAAAAAAUAUAAACUAAACACAAAAAUCUA